AUGGUUGGCUAUGACCCUGAGGCCAAGUGCGUCUCCACGGUGGAAGCGGCUGCAGCAGGAUCGGCGUCCGGCUUGGUCACUCGGGUCCUUGUCAGCCCCUUGGAUGUCAUCAAGAUCCGCUUUCAGCUUCAGAUCGAGCAGCUCUCCUCCAGAAACCCAGGGGCUAAGUAUCACGGCAUCUUGCAAGCGGUACAGCUCAUCUUCCGGGAAGAGGGGUUGGUAGCCUUCUGGAAGGGCCAUGUUCCUGCUCAGUUCCUUUCGGUUGGCUAUGGAGCUGUUCAGUUCAUGGCGUUUGAGAGCUUGACAAAACUGGUGCACAACGUCACCUCGUACGAUGCCCGCCAUUCCUUUGUGCACUUCGUCUGCGGGGGACUGGCCGCUUGCAACACUGGGGCGGUUCAACCUGUUGACACACUCCGCACCCGCUUUGCUGCUCAGGGGGAGCCUAAG